UGGAUGAUUUUUAUUACCCAUUUGUAGCGUUGGGGGUGAUUGGUAACGCGCGAAGAGAUUAUGAUUAAAGAAAGAGAGGUAGAGAUGUGCUUUGCGAUUUUGUUGAGAUUUCUUUAUUCUUUUUAGUUUUAGACCGUAUCGUUCCUUUACUGUUUCGGUGUUUCCUCUUGGGGUUUUUGGUCCUUCGCUUUUGUUUUUUUUUGUUUUUGGAUUGUCCCUGGAUGUUUGCUGCUUUCCUAAUUUUGUUUCGUAUUUUAACAUCGUUUUAACCAUGUGGGUCGUUGAUCUCUCCUUAGUCUCAGCGUUUGCAAGUAAGUGUUCAAUGCUUUUUCGCUGUAUCUGAAUGCAAGAAAGAAGCUUGUCCACCCCCACCCCCCUCCUUUUUUUACUCCACCAUAAUCAACUGGGUUUGGAUUCGGAGAGAGGCGAAAUAAAUAAAUUAUGAGAUUUUCAGCAAAUGGGGUGUUUUAGGCAUUAGUUCUUUUUUCAAUUUGUUUCUGGGGUGGUCUGGCAUGCAUACAUGAUGUUCCAUGCUCAGGGCCCUUCAAGAAAUCAGUGUAGUCUGCUAGCAGUUCUCUGCGGAAAAGGCUCUGAUAAUAAACGGAAUCAGAAGCCGGUGGUUUCCCAAAAUCAACCCAGAUACCCGUUUCCGGAGCUCACUUCAUUUGGGCGUGUCGAGGUUCAAGUUCUGACCAAUCCGAGUACUCAUGAGUUCCAGCAAGUUCUUGAAUCAUCAGAACCCAAUUUUGUUUAUCUGCAAGGAGAGCAACUUGCCUGCAGUGAAGAAAUUGGGUCUCUGGUAUGGGAAGAUGUUGAUUUGUCCACUGCAGAAACCUUGUGCGGACUGCUUGGUUCCACAUUGCCGACCGUUGUUUAUUUAGAAAUCCCCAAUGGUGAAAAAUUGGCAGAGGCACUUCAUUCUAAGGGAGUUCCUUACAUUAUAUACUGGAAAGAUACAUUUUCUUGUUAUGCGGCGUGUCAUUUCCGUCACUCACUUUUGUCAGUGGUACAAAGUUCAUGCAGCCAUACAUGGGAUGCAUUCCAGCUUGCUCUUGCAUCUUUUAGGCUGUAUUGUGUACGUGACAGCAAUGUCUCACCUUGUAAUAGCCAAAAGGCUAGUGGUAAGCUGGGACCAUGCUUGCUUGGGGACCCUCCUAAGAUUGAUGUUGCUCCAGCCGAGUUAGAUGUGCAGGAAGAAGAAAGCUCUUCUGGGACUCUACCUGCUAUAAAGAUAUAUGAUCAUGAUGUGAUCAUGAGGUUUCUUGUUUGUGGAGUUCCAUGCCCACUAGAUGCGUGCUUAUUAGGAUCUUUGGAGGAUGGACUUAAUGCUCUCUUGAGCAUAGAAAUACGUGGGAGUAAACUUCAUAAUAAGGCAAGUGCACCACCUCCGCCUCUACAGGCAGGGAUGUUUUCUCGUGGUGUUGUGACCAUGCGAUGUGAUUUAUCAACCUGCAGUUCUGCUAACAUAUCACUUUUAGUGUCUGGUAGUGCGCAGACUUGUUUUAAUGAUCAGAUUUUGGAGAAUCAUAUAAAGAAUGAACUCAUUGAGAAAAGUCAGCUAGUCCGUGCAUUGCCCAGCUGCGAUGAAACCAAAUUGCCGUUUUCUGAGCCACGGAAGUCUGCCUCAAUAGCCUGUGGUGCAAGUGUUUUUGAAGUUUGCCUGAAGGUUCCCACGUGGGCUUCACAGGUUUUGAGGCAGCUGGCACCAGAUGUAUCUUACCGCAGCUUAGUUGUGCUUGGAAUAGCCAGCACUGAGGGCUUGUCAGUGGCUUCUUUUGAAAAAGAUGAUGCUGAACGCCUUCUUUUCUUUUGUACAAGGCAGGGCAAAGAACAUCAUCCAAACAAUUCUUUUCCUGCUGUGUCUCCCAGCUGUUUGAUGCCUCCUGCGCCUAGUAGAAAGAGAUCUGAGCCAUGUCGAAAAACAAAACCUGUCACCUUUAGUGGCCCGAAAUGGGAAAAUGAACGUAGUGAUAGACAGAAACCAAGUGUUGCAGCAAUGAGGCCAAUCCCUCAGAGUCAUCGUCAUAAGAUACUACCUUUUUCUAGAUUUUCUGAGCCAGAAAGAUAUGAUGGAGAUCAAGGAGAAGCUCAUUUUCCAGUUGCCCCUGCAAAGCAUACUAUUGUUGGCCCUACUGUCACACACAGGAAACGGUUGUCAAGCUCUUUUCAGGCCCAGCAGAUUAUUUCUUUAAAUCCGCUACCCUUGAAGAAACAUGGCUGUGGCAGAGCCCCCAUUCAUGUAUGCUCAGAGGAGGAAUUCCUAAGGGACGUAAUGCAGUUUCUGACCCUCCGUGGACAUACUCGUCUCAUUCCUCAAGGUGGGUUAGCUGAGUUCCCUGAUGCCAUUCUCAAUGCAAAGCGCCUUGACCUUUUCAACUUGUAUAGAGAGGUGGUCUCACGAGGAGGCUUUCAUGUUGGGAAUGGCAUCAAUUGGAAAGGACAGGUUUUCUCAAAGAUGCGUAAUCACACGCUGACCAAUAGAAUGACUGGUGUGGGGAAUACACUAAAAAGGCAUUACGAAACUUAUCUUCUAGAAUAUGAAUUCGCACACGAUGAUGUAGAUGGAGAAUUCUGCUUGUUGUGUCACAGUAGUGCAGGUGGUGAUUGGGUGAACUGUGGGAAAUGCGGUGAGUGGGCUCACUUCGGUUGUGAUCGGAGGCAGGGGCUUGGUGCUUUUAAGGACUAUGCUAAAACAGAUGGGUUGGAGUACAUUUGUCCACAUUGCAGCAUCGCAAAUUUCAGUAAGAAAUCUCAGAAAACCACUAAUGGAUAUUAAUGAGUAUAUUGACCUACGAUCUGUCGCAAAUUCCAAGAAGAAACGGAAUCCCUGGAAACAGCCAGGGAUAUUGAUGAGCCUUAUCCCACAACCUCAACCUGGAGCCCGUUCCUCUCGCUCUUUCUGUGCUAGAAACUCUCUCUCAUUCCUCCCACCAAAAUGGGAUUUAUAUUGUAGAGUCAGAGUUUACUAAAUUAUUUCAAUGAGGCAGUUUUAUAGCUUUAUAAUAUUGAAACUGUCCAAUAAUUUCCCCCUCGAAUUGGAUUUGUAUACUGCAAUCAAAUGCGGCUGUUUAUCACAUUUGGGAUUUAAUUUUU